UAUAAUAAUAGUCUUAGCCUUGCCAAACUUUUCAUGUAUCUAUAUAUACAUGAUCAUCGAUCAUUCAAUUUAAGCUGUCAAUAUAUACAAGUAAAAACCUCGAUAGAUAGAUAGAACUACGAUUCAAAUUAAUGAUGGGUUCGAAAGUAAAGGAGAUGCCGGUAGUGAGUAAAAUGUUUUGCUCAUCAAGUCAAGUGGUUCUAGGAGUUCGAAAUCGACCUCAUGUUGUGGGCGGUGGCGGGUUUGUGGUGUCGGACAUGCAUAGCCACCAAGUCAUGUUCAGGGUGGAUGGCUGCGGUGUUCUUGGGAAAAAGGACCAGAUGACUCUCAAAGACGCCUACCAAACCCCAUUGCUUCUCAUCCGUAGAAAGGGAGGAAUAGUAGAAGCAUUAAGUCUCCAGAAACAAUGGGGAGGUUACACCUCAGAUUUUGCUGCAGGCGGCGGGUCAUCUCAUGAUCAUCAUCAAAACAUUUAUAAUAAGUUGGUAUUCACAUUGAAGGAUCCACAAUCAUCAGCUCCUUCGUCAUGUAUCAGCAAAAGAAGGCCGAUAGUGGUAGUAGCAGCAGUAAGCAGCAGCCAAAAGGAUAAUAAUAAUAAUGAUGAAAACAUUAUUUACUUCCAGAUAAAAGGUUACUUCCCAGAUAGAGAUUGCAGCAUUGUUGAUUCCGGAGGAAACAUCAUAGCCCAGGUUGGAGUGGAUAAGGAAAUGAUGGAGAAGAAGGAUGUUUAUCAUGUGGUGGUAAAAUCAGGGAUUGAUCAGGCAUUUGUUGUGGGUGUCAUUGCUAUUCUUGAUUACAUUCAUAACGGAUCUACCAGAUGUUAAUGUAUAUAUACCAGAUGAUCCAUGCAUUCGAUCGAUCAUCUGUUAAUUAUUUUAUAUACUAGCUAGCUAUAUGUAUGUAUUUGAGAAUUAUCGAUCGAUUAC